CGCUGAUGUGAUGGUGAGCCUUGAGACCAGACAACACUACACCACUCCUGAAAAUUACUUCCUAAACGAGAAAGAAAAACUUUGGUAAAUAAUGCCUGGAGCCGAGAGACGCAGCUGGCGAUAGUGUGGGAUCAAAGCGUAAGAUGAUCGAGGGAUUAAGGAAACCUUGAGGAAAUUGAGGAAGAGUGGAAAAAGAGAUAAAUGUAAAAUAAAACAGAUAAUUUUGAUGAGUAAAGUAUAAGACAGAGAGAAUAAUAUUGACUCUUUUAAGUUACCGAGACUGAAUUAGCUUUGGAAUCAACUUCAAAUCUAGAUAUUAGAUAAGUUUUCAAAGUGGGCUUUGUAAUAUAUACUUAUAUAAGACAGAGAGAAUAAUAUUGACUCUUUUAAGUUACCGAGACUGAAAUAGCUUUGAAAUCAACUUCAAAUCUAGAUAUUAGAUAAGUUUUCAAAGUGGGCUUUGUAAUAUAUACUUAGGGUUGACAGUUGGGAGAUAAUCACCCAAUUGAUCAAGCCAGGAGGAUAGGAAACAGUGAGUGCUGCAGUAACAGUGGUCUUGUAGUGCCGCUGAAAGCUCACCGUUGAAAGCAACUGUGAGUUAAGUCUCUGUAACGAUAGUGAUGUAUGGUGCCAACACCUCGAUGGCUUGCUGAUUUAACUCGACCAGUUGAUUACCAGUGAGUUGUGUGCCAAUUUGCUAGAAAGGAAGUGAGUUCUGCGGCGGUUUGUUAGAAGACGGGUGAGUUCCGUGGCGUUGUUCGAGGCCCGUAGAGGUGUUAAAAUAGCGAUUGUGUUCAUAAUUGUGAGAUCAGUGUAAACAGUGUAUAGAUUGUGUCAACAUGUCACACAAAACCAUUUGUCUCGAAGCCCCUUAGCUUCUAGUUCAACGCUGUUGCAAACGUAGUUAACCAGACAGUUGGGUUGAGUGUGUUGACAAUGGGUGAGCGAGGUGUUAACUAGGGGGGGAGACUGUCUGGUUGAACUGUAAAUAAACAAGGGAGGAAAACAUCCAAUGUCAACAUUCUGUUUACAUUUGAGGAAAACAUCCAUGUCAACAAAGGCUCAGGCCAUGAAUCCUUUACAUCUGGACUCACUCAAACUGCAAAUAAAAGCUUGUUCUAUGACGUCUGUUCACGUUACAUUCAACACAACAUUCCAAGAGUUAUUUAUUGAUAUUUAGCAAAACAAAGUCACGUUCAACAAUAAUAACCAAAUAAUACAGUUUAAGAUUCGUUCUGACAUUUGCUGUAACAAGUACUCAAAGUAGCAGGUCCGGCAGCCUCUCAAAACGUAACUGUCAUUAACAUUCUGGAAUAUUCCACAAGACAACAUUGCUCUCCAAGAUGGCCAGAAGUUCCACCAACGGACGACCCUCGAGCAUGUCGUCCAACGGGAGCAGCGCUGGAGGUGGCAGCGACGGCGGCAGCAACACGGACACUAAAACGACAACUAUGGCGACUGUAGGCGGCGGCGGAGGUGGAGGAGGAGGAGGAGAUGGGAAAGGAGGCGGAUUUGGGGGAGGAAGUGUCAACAUUAAGAAAAAACAAAAGAAGUUCGGGUUAUUCAAGACCACUUUGCCUCGGAAUCUGAAAGAGAAUUCACGCGCCGACCUCCUCAGUCCUUCCAGCGACGAAGUUCCUUCCCCUAAGGACGUGAGCAGCGGUGUUCUGACCAUCCCGACCUCGACCUCGUCUCCUUCUCCGACGGCCUUCCUGCCCGAGGCCUUCCUGACGGACUCCUGCUGCACCACCUCGUCCUCCUCUUCGGCAGCCAGGAAGGAUACGGCUUGCUGCAACGGAACUGCUCACUCCGGCGUCAAGGUCGUCAGAUCCCACAGACAAGUUCCAGGAAGUGCCAGUACCGCGGCCAGAGGUGUGUACGACGCCGGAGUGUCUGCGGGCGGCGUCGCGCCUCCUGGACCGCAUGGACCGCACUGUCUCCCCGUGCAGCGACUUCUACCAGUUCGCCUGCGGCAACUACCUCCACGAGAACGUUGUCCCCGACGACGCGCUCUACCGCUCCUCCAUGCAGGAGAUGCAAGAGGACGUCCUUGUUAUAAUUAAGAAGAUGCUGGACGCCCCGCACGGUGACAACGACACCGACGCCUUCGGCAAGGCCAAGAGACUCUACCACUCCUGCAUGAACACCAGCUUCACUGUCCACGAGAAGGACAUGGCGGACUCGCCCAUCUUCGACCUGCUGACGGCGGAGCAGCUGGGACAGUGGCCGCUGCUGGCGCCUGAUCGCUGGAACGAGAGUCAUUAUAACCUAGAACGCCUCCUGGCCCAGCUUACCCUGUACCAAGUGCACACCUUCCUUGACUCCUACAUCACUCCGGACGAGAGGAACUCCACCAUGUACACUCUGCAGUUCUACAAGGGGUCGCCGGCACUAGCCAGGAACUACUUCCUCAACACGACUAACGAGGAGUACGCCGGCUACAUGGCAGCGUACCGGGCACUCAUGGAGGAGACGGCAGUGGCACUCUCCCCGGACCAGUCACUCAAUGUCUCUCACAUCGACGAGCUCAUCGCCUUCGAGACCAAGUUUGCUCUGAUCUCAGACAGCCGAGCGUGUGGGAGUGGGCGAGAUGGCGGGAACAUGUCGGACACCCUGGUGGAGGAGGAGGAGGUCUCCGGCAGGAUGACGGUGGCCCAGCUGGAGCUACUGGUCCCCGAGAUCGCGUGGGGGCGGAUGCUGAGAUACACCCUGGAGGAGUACUCCCUGGACCUGGACGUGGACUCCCUCAUCAUCACGCUCCACUGCUACACCUACAUCCCCGACCUGGUCAAGCUGCUGUCAGCCACGCCUAAGAGGGUGAUAGUGAACUACCUGUUGUGGAGGUUCGUCUUAAGAUACAUGCCUUAUAUCAGCAACUAUUUCCAGCAACUCUGGCAGCAGUUCCGGAGUGAGGUGCCUGAUCCCUUUGAAGAACGAACGUACAUCAGCCGGUGGAAGGAGUGUGCAGCGGUGGUCAAUGAGGGAUUUGGAGCCGCCCUUGCCAGAAUGUAUGUUGAGCAGCAUUACGACCACCAGAUCUCCGAGAAGAUUGACAAUCUUGUUGAGGAGGUGCGAACAGCUUUUCACUUGGUGAUUGAUCGACAGGACUGGCUCGAGCAGGAGAUGAAACAAGUCUGUAGUGACAAGUUAGACAUCAUGGGGAAGAAGAUUGGGUAUCCAGAGUACAUUGAGUCCACGGAACUCUUGGAUGCCGAGUUCGAAGGGCUUGACAUCCUAGAGGAUCACUUCCUAAACAACAUCCUACGGAUGAAGAAACACGAGGUGUGGAAGGAACUACAGAAGCUUUCUCGGCCAGUUGACAAGAAGAGGGAUUGGUUGAUACAGCCUCUGGUGGUUAAUGCGUUCCACAACCCAGCUGCCAACGAGAUCAUCUUGCCACUCGGGAUCUUACGAGAGCCCUUCUACAACCCAGGAUAUCCCAUGUACCUGAACUACGGAAGCCUUGGUGUGGUAGUGGGACACGAACUGGUUCACGGCUUUGAUAACCAUGGUAAGCGGUACGACAAGCACGGGAAUGUGUCACAGUGGUGGAGUGAGGAAAUGGCAGAGCAGUUCACUGAGAGAGCAGCCUGUUUUGUCGAGCAGUACAGCCAAUACCCUAUUGAGAUGGUGGGCAAGAAUUUCAUGCUGGUUGAUGGCAACGAGACACUCGGGGACAACAUUUGUGACAAUGCAGGCGUGCUCAAUGCUUGGCUGGCUUACACCCGUUGGAGGGAGAAGAAUGGAGAAGAGCCUUACCUACCAGGAAUGAACUACACCGUACCACAAAUCUUCUUCAUCACUUUUGCCCAGAUCUGGUGUGAAGUGGUGAGCAAGGAGGGCUAUGAGAAAUACAGCAAGGACAUGCACAGCCCAGGAGUCUAUAGAGCUAACGUUGUUGCACAGAAUUCCCAGUUCUUCGCUGACACCUGGGGUUGUCCUAUUGGGUCCCCAAUGAACCCAGAGAAAAAGUGCCAUCUUUGGGUGUAGGUGGAGUGUAUCAGCCAAAAACACAGGAUCAGCUAGCACUCUCCUGUCAUCUUGCAUUUCAGUACUAACCAGUGAUAUACUAUUGAUUGAUCAUGAAAGUAUCUGCGAGCAACACAGUGACAUUCAACAUCAUAUUAAGUAAUAAUGCUACCGACUGCUGAUAUUGCCAGCAAGAACAUGCAAAUCAGCAACACAACUAAACUCCAGAAAAGCUAUGUAAUUGGGCAUAGUUAAGAGAUAGUACUGACUCUUGGUGAACAUUCAUGAAAUUGCCCACAAUAAAACAGCAUUGCUAACGUGGAUUACACAGUACGGUAGCUGCAAGAGAUGUUAUGUUAGUAUAGAGACCAGGGAGAGUGACAUUUAAAAGGUCCCAUCUCUUCAAAAAUAUCAGAAAGUGUAUUUAAUAAUUAAAUGGGGAAGUGACAAGUUGAAAAGCAUUGACAAAAAUAUAAGGGCUAUUAAAUUGAUGAGAUAUGUAAAUAAACAUCAGUUGUAGCUUUCUUCCUAAGAAAUAUAGUAUUGACAUGAAAAGGAACCUGCCUUGCUAACAUUGUAAACCUCUCAUGAUUAACUUGAAUGAGGUUGCUGGCAGACAUUAUUCUUAAUAGCCAAAGAAUCUUUUUUAGAAAUAAAAUUAAUCAGAAUAUUGCUUUGUUGAUAGAAUCAAGACAACAACCCUGUCUUCUUUUAAAAACUCACACACAUGUGCAUUUAUAAUUGGUAAAUACACUUAGAUAAUUACAUACACACACACAGCCAAAGGGACCAAAGAGCCUAAGCUCAACCCCCGCAAGCACAACUAGGUGAGUAUACAUACAUGCAUGCACAUACACACGCACAUUCGUACAUUCAGUAAUUGGUAACUACACUUAAAUAGUUACACACACACACACACACACACACACACACACACACACACACACACACACAC